GACCUUGCCUUAUCUUAGUAGGGUGACCAGCUGUCUGGGAUUGCCUGGGACUGAGCGCCAUUCUGGGUUGCUGGACUUUCAGUGCUAAAGUUGUGGACAGACAAGGUUAUGAUAUCUUCAUCUGGAGUUUUAUUAGAUCCAUGAAUCCUCAUAUCACUGGUCGAGUCUGUGACAUGGAACCAUUGCUUAUGGUGACAGCAAUCUGUGGCAAGGUUGCUCCAUGAGCCCUGAGCCGCUUACGAGCCUCGCGUUGCCAAAGCAGAACUACUGGGGAACUUCUCAUGACUCCAGGAGCGCCUCCCACUCCCCUCGUCUCCGGUGAACGGUGAACGAGCGAGCAGAGCUCUGAAGCAGAGCACACGCACUGCCUGAGGACUGUGGGAAGACAUGACGGGGCGCCGGCUCUAAGGUAGCUGAGUCAGCUUACCCAGGAGCUCUCCGAGCAGCCUUGCCAGAGCCAGCCCUAGAGCCAUUGCAACAAAUCACCUCUGUUAAUGCUCUUUGGCAGAGAGCAAAUCUACACGUUGUACAAUGGUAGAUGGAGUGAUGAUUCUUCCUGUGCUAAUGAUGAUUGCUUUCCCUUCCCCUAGUAUGGAAGAUGAGAAGCCCAAGGUGAACCCCAAACUUUACAUGUGUGUGUGUGAAGGCCUCUCCUGUGGGAAUGAGGACCAUUGUGAAGGCCAGCAGUGCUUUUCCUCACUGAGCAUAAAUGAUGGCUUCCAUGUCUACCAGAAAGGCUGCUUCCAGGUCUACGAGCAGGGAAAGAUGACCUGUAAGACCCCACCAUCACCUGGCCAAGCUGUGGAGUGCUGCCAAGGGGACUGGUGUAACAGGAACAUCACGGCCCAGCUGCCCACUAAAGGGAAGUCCUUUCCUGGAACGCAGAAUUUCCACUUGGAGGUCGGCCUCAUUAUUCUGUCCGUAGUAUUUGCAGUAUGCCUUCUAGCUUGCCUACUGGGAGUCGCUCUCCGAAAAUUUAAAAGGCGCAACCAAGAACGACUCAAUCCCAGAGAUGUGGAGUACGGUACCAUCGAAGGGCUCAUCACCACCAAUGUUGGAGACAGCACUUUAGCCGAUUUACUGGAUCAUUCAUGUACAUCAGGAAGCGGCUCUGGUCUCCCUUUUCUGGUACAAAGAACAGUGGCUCGUCAGAUCACACUGUUGGAGUGUGUUGGCAAAGGCAGGUAUGGUGAGGUGUGGAGGGGCAGUUGGCAGGGGGAGAACGUCGCUGUGAAGAUCUUCUCCUCCCGGGAUGAGAAGUCAUGGUUCAGGGAAACAGAAUUGUACAACACUGUAAUGCUGAGGCAUGAAAAUAUUUUGGGUAAGUACAAAGAUAAUCCCCUCAUUAAUUUUAUCUAGACAGAAAUAAUUGCCUACCUUUGCCCUCUCCGAUUUGGUGUGUGUGUGAAUUUGCAAGUCUCCCCUGAAAA